AAAAAUUAGAAGUAAUUAAUGAAGUUGGCCAAGAUAAAGUUUUUGCAGUUUUGACUGAUAAUGCAGCCAACAUGAAAAAGGCUCAUAAGAUUCUUAAUAAUAAAUUUAACAAAAUUAUUUUAUAG